AUGAAGUCAAGGUUGUUUGAAAAAAAUAGAUAUACAUGUAUUUUAUUGGAAAUGAAAUAUAUUAUUUCUUUGUUAGUAAUUAUUUUCUUUAUACUUAAUAUUGCUCACUCAGCACCUCAAUUUUACGGACCACCAGGAUACGGUUUUGGAGGAUACAGAGGAUACAGAGGAUAUGGAGGAUAUGGAGGAUAUGGUGGUUAUAGACCACAUUGGAGACAUCAUAUGCCUCCACCACCACCACCACCAAUGAUGGGGCCACCUCCAGUUGUUCAAACAACUGUUGUUAGAACGAUUACAACAACAGUUGGAUAA